AUGUCGUCGGCUGCGAAGGCGGUUUCGCUCAAGUGUAACGUCUGCGGCCUUCUUUUGAAAAGCGUGGAGGAGUGUCAAACACACGGGGAGAUGACCGGUCACGCUGAUUUUGCAGAGUCAACGGAAACAAUAAAAACGAUGAAGUGUCGAGAGUGCGGGAAACGAUGCAGAAACCUAGAGGAACAGAAAUUGCACGCGAACUUUAACGAAGGUCACAGCGUGUUCGUUCCGUGCGAAGAGAGCGACAACGUGGUACAAACGGCCAAGGAGUUUCGAAAGAUGGAGAACGACAUGCGCGAAGAUGCCGGGUUGCCUCUCAAGAAGAAAAGCUCAAGUAAAGACGACGACGUCAUGAUCAUCGACGAUGACGACGACGACGACGACGACGACGAAAAAGUUGAGCCAGAAGUUUCGAAAGAGAUGGUUGAAAAGUUAAAGGAGCUGGGAUUUGCGCACAAUCGAUGCGUGCGCGUUUUAUUCGCGACGCAGUCGGAUUCAGUCGAGCAGUGCGUGCAAUGGCUCGCCGAACACCAAGACGACCAAGGAAUGGACGAACAACUGCUCGUUUCGAAGAAGAAAGCCGCGGCAGCGGUGAAGAAAAAACUUUCGAAAGAAGAAGCGCGCGUGGCUGCGGAGAAACUUCGCUUAGAUGUCGCCGAAAAGAAAAAGAAGGAAGAAGCAGAGUUGGAAAAAGUGCGAGAAAAAGAACGCAUACGGUCUGGAAAGGAACUCUUAGAGGCGAAAAAGAAAGAAGAAGCGCUGCAGUUCAAACGAAACGCAGAGCUGCGACGAAUAGAAAAACAAGAAGAAGAGAAAGCUCGUGAGAAAAUUAGAGUGAAACUCGAGGAAGAUAAGAAAGAGAGACGAAGGAAACUCGGUUUGCCGGAAGAGUUGACGCCGGAGGAAAUCGAGCGAGAGAAGAAACGAAACGAAGAAAAGGCGCGAAAGGUGAAAGAGGAGGUGGAAAGAAAAGAAAAACAAGGCGUGGGAGUCGUGCGCCCCGUGCAACUCGCGGAGAAUUUGCGAAAAAAACUCGUCGACGUGAAGAAGAAGCACAACGAUACCGAUCCCGCUGGCGUGGAAAGGUGCUACAAAACGCUGUUAGCUUAUCUAGGUAACAUCGCGAAAAAUUUUGAAUGCGAACGGAGCGACGAGGCGUACGAAAAAUACAGAACACUCAAAGUAAACGGCAAAGCUUUUUCGGAAAGAGUGAAAGCGUUCGAUGGCGACGUGUUUUUGAAAACGUGCGGCUUUUGCGAGCAGAAGAACGACGCCGGCGAAGACGUUUUACAUUUGCCAAAGGAAAAAAUAUCGCUCGCGGAACUCCAACAGGCUGGAAUAGAAAUCGAUAACGCCUUGAAGAACCCAUUCUUUGGAGUUUUGUAA